AUGUUAGACGAGGCGCUCCCCACAUUCUUUCUCAAGCCCGCCACAGACAAGAUCAAGCACCACGAAUCCUACCUCUUCACGCAGAAUGGCUCCGAGCCCGACGCAGCCUACGCCCUCACCCACGCCGACCCCGCGUCCAACGGCGCGAAGAACACGUACGCCGUAGCCCUCUUCGACUCGCACAACCCGGAGAUCCUCUAUGGCGAGGUGCUGUCGAGGCCUGGGUGGUCGCAGCCCUCGCUCUCGCAGGAAGAGAUCCGCAAGAACGGAGGGAUCCCGCCCCUGCCGCAGCCCAUCUUCCCCACCGAGUUCGCCAUCCAGCUGUACAACCCGGACCAGCAGAUUGUCAUAAAGCAGCAGACGUCCAAGUGGAGCGGCACUGUGACGUACGAGUUUAGCAUGCCGCAGACCUCAUUCAGGACACCGAGCUCGUCAAGUCUCGACCGAAGCCAGAACGACCCAGGCGCGGACGCUGCGACUCCCCAGAUAAACUUUGUGUGGAGGAAGGAGGGCAGGCUCGGCAAGGACAUGACAUGCUAUCUCACCGGCAAGUCUACCGACCCGACGGGAAAGAAGGCGAAGAAGAGCAAGGAGCCGGACAUCGCCGUUGCCCUCUUCUCCGGCCUGAAGGAGAUGACCAUUAUGGAGUCCAACCUCUACCGGGUAGAGAUGGAGGACUACAAGGGGCUGGAGGUCGUCUUGUUACUCGGCGCAGCAGUCAUCAGGGAUCUGUUCUACAGCAAUCCGAGGGAAUCCUAUCACAUCAUCGAUCCGAACUCGCGGAAGAACAGCGGAGGGGUACGAGGCCGGAAGGGAUCAUCACCGCUCGAACCAGCCAGCAUCACACCACCCGUCAUGACUCCUCAACCCCCUCAUCCACCCCAACGCCCUGCACACCAGCCAUUGCAGCCGGCUAAAGGCGCUGCAUUGAACGGCUUGUACAAUCACCCGUCGCAGAAUGCCUACAAACGCUCAUCCCUUCCACCGCUCCAGACAGGGAGCCAGCCCGCACGGCCACUGGAUCCCCGAUCGCAAUGGGAGAUUGACGCCGAGACUGCCCGACUAAAGGCUCAGGUUGAAGCCGAAGCGCGGGAGCAACGGCGGCAGGAGGAAAUCAACCGCAGAGCGAGACGGAAACAAGAAGAGGAGGAGGAGAGGAAGACGCGACAGUUCCUCGAGAACGAGGAAAGAAGGCGAAAACAGGAAGAGAAGGAACGGAGAAGGCGAAAAGCUGAGGUAGACAAGGAGACCGAACGCCUGCGGAGACAAUUUGGAGAUCAGAGUAAUCUCGUCCCGCCAGCACAGCCACAGCAAAGGCACUCCGCGCCGCUUCUUCAGGGCCCGUGGCAGCGGCCUUCUCACGGCCCCGCCCCCGCGCAGCCGCCUCGUCCCCAGGGUCCGUACCUGCAGCCACCAGGCCCUCAACCUGCAGCAUCGCAGAGUUCCUUCUUCAGCAACGGCUUACCCAGGCCCAGCGCUCAGCAGCAGCAGAAGAUGAAGAAGAAGAGCUUCUGGGGACUGCGGAGCUCGAGUGAGUCGAACACGAGCACUUUGAGGAAGAAGCAGAGCAGCAUGUUCUGA